AUCCUAUAAUUUCUAUUUUUCAUAAUAAUAUUCUGGGGCCGAAUUCAUGAAGCUUUUCGGUUCGUAAGUGCUGUUUGCCAAUUGGUUGGCCGCCUUCGAUCGCUAAUAAUACGUCUGACAUGAUGGUUGAAUGGCAUUUGCUCUUACAAAGAGUUACAGCGUAAAAAAGCUUUUUUGAAUACGGGGCCCUAGUGCCCUUUUGGUAAAGCGGUUGCGGCGACAUAAAACCACAAUUCAACAAGCACUGCGUAGAGGUGGUGAAGUUUUUUUUUUUUUUUGCAGGUUGUUCUUCCUUUUUUAGUAUAUAGGAAGCUUCCGCUCAGUCCCUGCCCAGUCCCGACUACUUUUUUUUUAGAUUCGCCUCCGAUUUUGAUUGCCUCGAGAAGUGUGCACCAUAAAAAUUGUUCUUAGACGGGAAAGAAAAUUAAAGCUGAUGAGAGGGCAAUAAAGGCGCCCAUACACAGCGUUCAGCAUUUAACUUCAUAUCACGGCAGCCAAGGAGAUGAGCUCCGAACUGCGCUGGGAGCUGUGAACGGUGCCCGUCGGUUGGCGGUUCGUUAGCGUCUUCAGAACGGACUGGGCACGCGCGACGUGGAAGAAGACGACGGACCUUCACCGCGUGUGCGCGCGCUGUCGCGCGCUCUCGGUCCAAAAGAACCAGUGCGGCGGCGGGGGCGGCGGAGUCACGCGCCCAGCGGUUCCGAAGGACCACGGUCCCAGCCCAGGUCGUCCGCGACAUGUAGCGGCACCGAAGGGGUCCAGCAGCUUUCCAUCCAGCGUCCAACCCGGUCCCCGAUGACGAGCCAUCAGCAGCAGAGUCCGAGUACCACCGCACUGUCCUAACAGACUUGCUUCAAGGAGGACUACGGCAGCGGCGGCAGCGGCGGCGGCGGAGAGGAGGCGGACCGGCAUCCGCCCUGGUCGGGCCCAGUCGGAGGGCGCUCGGCGACGACUGCGGCCAAGUCUGCAUCCAGCGCCAAGAGGAGCGCCAGUCCGGCCGAGCACCGCCGCAGGGGAGCCAUGGGUAACGUCCUCUCCUGCUUCCACGGCUCGUUUUCGCCGAGCGAGGCCGAGACCGAGCACAAGUUGCUCCCAGUAGCACCCCAGCCACCGGCAGAGGGCAGGAGCGACAGCAUUGUGCAGGUGCGCAGCGUGGACCUACGCGUGGCUGACAACGCCGAGCAGCACCGCACCGAGGACUAUGAGCUGACCAAGGGGAACGACCCGGUGCUGGUGGUGCGCCGGGGGGAUCCCUUCAGGGUGGUCCUCGAGUUGAGCCGACAUUACAAUGAUGACAGAGACGCCCUGGCCUUCGUCUUCACCGUCAGGGGGGAAGAGGCCCCGUCCUACACCAAAAACACCGUGGCUGUGGUGCCCGUUGGCUACCGGUCGUCCACCGAAUACUUGGGAAGUGUCUCCUCCUGGACGGCUCUCGUCACAAGGGCUCGCGACAACGUCAUCGACGUCGAGAUCACACCUCCUGCCAAUGUAAUAGUCGGAGACUGGAUCAUGGACAUUGAUACUAAGAACCGUUCUGAGAACGACAACACUGGAUUCCGAUACACACACAGGGACCCAGUCUACAUUCUCUUCAAUCCUUGGAACAGGGCCGACACUGUGUACAUGGACAAUACCAAGAUGCGGUAUGAGUGCGUUCUAAUGGAGAGUGGCCUCAUCUGGCGAGGAAGCCACAGCAGACUUAGGCCUACCGUGUGGAGCUACGGCCAGUUCGAGAAGAACGUGCUCGAAUGCUGCGUCUACCUGCUGCGACACGUGGGACGGCUGGCGUCUCCAGCGUGUGCGGAUCCUGUAAAAGUUGUCAGGCACGUCUCCGCGGUGGUCAAUGCUCCGAACGACGAAGGUGUCAUCGUGGGCAACUGGACAGAGAAAUUUUCAAGCGGCACACCUCCAACAGGGUGGACAGGGAGCGCCUCAAUAUUGCAGCAGUUUUACAAACACAAAAAGUCUGUGAAGUACGGCCAGUGUUGGGUCUUCGCAGGCGUAGCAACCACUGUGCUUCGGGCCCUGGGCAUACCGUCUCGGCCAGUGACAAACUACUACUCGGCCCACGACACGCACAGCAGUUUGACCGUGGACCAGUUCUACAACGACAAUGGGGAGGCCAUUGAAAAGCUGAACAAGGACUCGAUCUGGAACUUCCAUGUGUGGAACGAGGCGUGGAUGACGCGGCCUGACCUGGAGCCCGGAGACUAUUCUGGCUGGCAGGCCAUCGAUGCCACACCGCAGGAAGCCUCGGAUGGCAUCUACCGCUGUGGACCAGCUAGCGUCAAGGCUAUCAAGCGGGCCGAGAUUCUGAAGCCUUACGACGGUACGUUCAUCUUCGCGGAAGUGAACGCAGACCAGAUCUACUGGCGUUACCAGGGCCCAAUGCAGCCACUCAAGCUCAUUCGCAAGGCCACAGACAAGAUUGGACAGUGUAUCAGCACGAAAGCCGCUGGUAAAUUUGAACGCGAAGACAUCACAGAUUCUUACAAGCACCCCGAACACACACAAGAGGAACGCGACGCGAUGCUGAAGGCCCUGCGCAAGUGCAACCACGCCUACUCCCGCUACUACCUGAACGAUGAAUUGGAAGACGUCACGUUCGACUUCGAGCUUCUGGACGACAUCGUCAUCGGCUCCCAGUUCACGGUGAGGCUCAGCGCCAGGAACAAGAACCCGACCAAAGAGUACUCGGCACACGUCGUCAUGCGCGUCGAGAGCACCCACUACACGGGCAACAAGAGGAAACUGGUCAAGAGCGGUCAGUUCGAUGUCACCAUCAAGCCAAACUCGAGAGAGGAAGUAUCCAUGGAGGUGACGUACCCAGAGUACGAAAAGGUGCUGCUGGACCAAGCCAUGUUCAACAUUGCCACACUGGCCACCAUCAAGGAGACAAAGUUUGACUACUUUGCGCAGGACGACUUCAGGGUGCGCAUGCCCGACGUCAAAAUUGAGGCCGAUGGUGAUGCGAUCGUAAAGAAACCACUGGCUGUCAAGGCCUGGUUCAGGAAUCCACUUCCAAAGUCGUUGACCAAAGGAUUUUUCCUCAUCGAGGGACCGGGGCUUACGGAACCGCUGAGGCUGGCCGUCAAGCAGAAAAUUCCCCCGGGUGAUGAAGUGAAGGUCACCUUCUACCUGACUCCCAAAACUGCUGGACCCAAAGCCAUCAUUGCCAAAUUCAACUCCAAGGAACUGACCGACGUGGACGGCUUCAAAGCCAUUGAAAUUAAGGACACGCCUUUAUUGGAGGCCGCCAGCUUUACGCCCGUCGCCGCCACUGCUUGACGACCAGAAGUGCCCACCGAGGGAUUUGAGAUUGUUCUUUAUUAUUUCUUUUUGCAAGAAGACAAAGUUCUACUCUACUACGUUAGUGCGGUCACUUGCCAAGACAUGCUACUUAAUGAAAAUUAAACCAUUUUCCGAAUAUGA